UAAAUAAUGACAAAACAAAUGAUCUAAACAAAUAUACCUAAAACUACUACAAAGAAGAAUGAAGAUGCGAGCUUUGACCGCGAUACAAUUGCUAUUGGUGUACUCGAAGCUGGCGUGCAGCACAUGGACUCGUGUGCUGGAGACAGAUCAGGGCAGUUUGCGGGGCCUGCGCAAUGCGAACGGGUACAACCGCUACUUCAGCAUACCUUACGCUACGAGUGAGAGGUUCCAGUUCCCAAAAGAACCGCCGAAAUGGGAAGGAAUCUUCAACGCAAUAAAUCCUUUUAAAAGAUGUCCUCAAAGAAUAGCCUACUUCACAACUGGUACGGAGGACUGCCUAUACCUCGACGUGUACACCCCAGACAAAGCAAAACCUUCAAGCAAGUUUCCUGUUAUGGUUUUCUUCCAUGGCGGGGCUUACUAUGAAGGGAGUAAAGAACUUUACGACCCAGAGUUCCUAGUCACGAAAGGAAUAGUAGUUGUAAUAAUUAACUAUAGACUCGGGGUGCUGGGAUUUUUAUGCUUACAUGAUAUUUCAAACUUGGGUUUAAGAGAUCAAGUUGCGGCUUUAAUAUGGGUCAAAAGAAACAUAGCAGCGUUUGGAGGUGACCCUGAUAAUGUGACUUUGUGUGGACAAAGCGCUGGCGCUAGUUCAGCAUCACUACAUUUGAUGUCCGAAUUAAGCACAGGACUGUUCCAUAAAGCCAUCCUCAUGAGCGGAACAGCGUUAUCAACAUGGGCUUUCAAUCUAGAGCCAUUUACAGCUGCUUUAGGUGAUGCCAGAAAAAUCUCCUCCCCUUCCACAGAAGAAGAUGUGUUCAAUACUUUUUCUCAGGCUGAUUUACAGUUACUCAUAGACACUACUCAUGACAUUUCAGUUAAUCCACGCUUUUUUAAGUAUUCACCGUGUGUCGAUUUUAAUUUUAGCGAACCAUUUUUCAAAGACACUCCUUUUAAUAUUCUAAAAGCUGGCAAAUUUAAUAAGGUACCAGUAAUGAUAGGUUAUACUGACGAGGAAGGUGGUUUUUUCUACAGAUUACUAAGUGAGGACUCGGUCAAUGAUUUAAGCGAUCAUUUUAAUGAUAGAUUGCCUUGCGUUUUCUCAUGGUGUUCUGAGGAGGAGCGAAGGAAAAUUGGUAAAAUGAUGCGGUCUCAUUAUUUUGGAGAAGGUUACCUUGACUACCGGACAUCUGUUAAAGGUCUGAUUGAAUACUUCUCCGAUUGGAUAGCAUAUGGGUCUAUAAACGCGUUUUCAAAAAUCAUGACACAAUAUUCGGAUCAACCAAUUUUCAAUUAUCAGUUCUCGUAUGAGGGCAGUAGGGAUUUUGGGAAAUUGUUUGCUGGAACGAAUUUUAAUGGCACUACGCAUGCUGGUGAAAUCUUUUAUAUUUUCAAACCGAUCGGUAUAUCGUUGCCUUUGUCUAAACAAGACGAAAUUAUGAUUGAUCGAUUGACAACGCUGAUCCGGAACUUUAUGAAAUUUGGAAAUCCAACGCCGAAGAAAGCCAAACUAGCACUGCAAUGGCCACCGGCUACCGCCAAUACGUCAAAUAUAUUCGUGCUGAACAAAGAGAUGAAAAUAAUCAACCGACCGCGCAAAGACCAGAGGGGAGAUUUUUUCCUCAAGAUGCUCUGCACCUAUGGGGAAAAGGGCUAUGUGCCGUGCGAGAGUCAAGAAAGCACUAAAUAUGCGUGCACGGUGAGGACAUGUAAGGGUACCGUCAACGUAGUUGUAGGUAAUAUUGGAGGGUGGCCUUGCUUUAAGAUGGUCACGAUGAGCAUCAUGUUCGAUCCUCCUUUUGUCUUCGAAGUAGCUGGUACUCUGCUGGACUAA